UUUCUUGGAGCAGCUUGGGACCUGGGACGCGAAGCCAAAUGUACCGUCUCAUCCUCUUGUACACUAUAGUGUGCGCAAACUUUUGUAGCUAUCGGGACACUUUGGCGAUUCCGCAGAGCGGAUCUAUAAAAGCCUUACGCUCUUCCAACCUCAGGAGAGAUGCCGGCAAUCACCUCACAGACUUGUAUCGAAAAGAAGAGAUCAUCCAGGUGAUGGGAAAUGGCAUCGUACAGAGUCCUCGAUUCCCUAACAGCUACCCCAGGAAUCUGCUACUCACAUGGAGGCUACAUUCCCAGGAAAAAACCAGGAUACAGCUAGCUUUUGAUAAUCAGUUUGGAUUGGAGGAGCCAGAAAAUGAUAUCUGCAGGUAUGACUUUGUAGAGGUCGAAGAUAUCUCUGAAACCAGCACUGUUAUCAGAGGCCGCUGGUGUGGACAAAAGGAAGUUCCUCCGAGGAUAAGGUCAAGAACAAACCAAAUAAAGAUAACCUUCAAAUCAGAUGACUAUUUUGUGGCUAAACCAGGAUUCAAGAUUUAUUAUUCUCUUGUGGAUGAUUUCCAACCCCCAGCAGCCUCAGAGACCAACUGGGAGUCAGUCACAAGCUCCCUUUCAGGGGUAUCCUAUCACUCUCCAUCAGUGACCGAUCCCACGCUCACAGCAGAUGCUCUGGAUCAGACAGUUGCUGGAUUUGACACCGUGGAAGACCUGCUCAAGCACUUUAAUCCAGAAACCUGGCAGGAAGAUCUCGAAAAUCUGUAUAUGGAUACCCCUCAAUACCGAGGCAGGUCUUACUAUGACAGGAAAUCUAAAGUGGACCUGGAUCGGCUGAAUGAUGAUGUCAAACGCUACAGUUGCACCCCGAGGAACUACUCCGUCAAUUUGAGAGAGGAGUUAAGGCUGACCAACGUCGUUUUCUUUCCACGGUGCCUUCUUGUCCAGCGCUGUGGUGGGAACUGUGGCUGUGGAUCAAACAACUGGAAAUCCUGCACGUGUACCUCAGGGAAGACUGUAAAAAAGUACCACGAGGUGCUGAAAUUUGAACCUGGCCAUUUCAAGAGGAAGGGGAAAACUAAGAACAUGGCUCUUAUUGAUAUUCAGCUGGAUCACCAUGAGCGCUGCGAUUGUAUCUGUAGUUCACGACCACCUCGAUAAAAUCACUGGACAUGCUCAUUUAAGCGUGAGAGACCUUUUCAUUUUAAGGAGGGUGCUGUAAGAGAACCUUCUCCCCUGAGCACCAGAACUUUGCUACUAGCCUGCAUUGCAAAGGGUAAAACUAAUGUCUGAGUUUCAGCAUAGCUUUGCUAGUGCCACGGCAGCUAGAUACAUGUAUUAUAGACUUCUGUAUCCAAAAAUUUAGGUCCAAGUUUAGUAGUAGUAUAUGAGAUAUGAUCAUCAUAAAUAUACAUAAUGUAUCUGUAUCUAUCUAUCUACAUGUAAAUAGGUAGAUUGAAUGGUUUCUCCAAUUUCUAUAAGAAGUUAUACUAGAUUCUACCAUCUGGAUCCAUGCCUUCUUCCCAUGAAGCCCUUUAAAGAAGCAGUUGUGCGUUGCCAUAUAAAUUAUCUAUAGAGAAGUCAUCCUUGUCCAUUUGUGUAAUCUUGAAGAGCUCCUGAAAAAACCACAUAACUUUUCUUUCAUGUACAUCAAAGUUGAAAAUACAAACAUAGGCAAAAGUACGGUUAUAAGGGGAAAAUGUUGAAAUGUUAAUUUUUUUAAGACACAUUAGACCCUUUCUGGGAUAAGCAAUAAUAAUCCAUCUCCCCAAUUCUACCAGAAUAUAUGGUUUGUAGAAAUAUAUAUUCCUGCCAUUGAAAUACCUACUCAUUUGCAUUCUGCUGGGGCAUGUUAAUUUAUUUAGCAGCACCUGUCUCUGAAAAAUAAUGUUCAAAAGGAAUGUUUCUAAUACUGCAAAUAAAAAACGCACCUUAAGAGCCUAAACUCCAAAAGAGAGAGCAACUUGUGCUUAUUCAGUCUCUGUGAAAGUGCAUUAAAUUCUUUUCUUAAAAAACAAAAAUGACUUUCCAGAAGAGCUUGUAGACUCUGAAUAACUCUUCCAGAUGUUGUUCCCUAUAAGAUGUGGGCAGUUAAAAACCAGAAAGAGGGAGCUUUUGAGUGUUAACAUAACUGUAAAUGGGAUAGAACAUUUAAUAGCUCAGGAUCUAGAGUAAAUAGUAGGUUCAAGCUCUCUCUAGCUGCACCAAUUCAUUUUUAUGUGUGCUGCUUUUGUGUUCUUGUCUGUUAGAUAUAUAGAAGUGGAUUUACAACAAUAUUCAGGGCAUGGGCUGAAACUGGCGAGCUAUCACAAAAUAUUUAUAACUUUAAAGCUCUUGUGUUUUAAUAACAAGAACCAUUUUAUAGACGUUACAUCCCUAAUCUCAUACCUACUAACAUGCUGCAUUCCUGUUUCUGAAUCAAAUAAAGCCAGGGACUUCUCUCUGACUCUAUAACUUUAUUGAGGCAGUCUUAGUUGCCGCAGAGUAAAUAUUGUGUUAACAUCAGUUCAACUCUGCACUAACAUGUGAAAAUCCAACUGUUUUUGUUUGGUUUUUUAUUAUUAUUAUUUAUAGUCAUUUUUUUCUUUUUGACUCCCAAAUGCCUAUUUAAGAGGAGACUUACUACAGGGGUGGGAAGUGAUUCAUCAUUCUGUAUACAGAGCUCUUCAUAGAGUAGCACUGACAUCACAAUUGCCAGUGUUAUGUCUCUUUUUUUUAUUAUUAUUAUUUUUCUUAGGACUUCUCAGAGCAAGCUUCAUUUUUCUUACUGCAUUAGAAUAAACAGGACAGCCAGGUUCUUCUAUGGUGCUCGGUUCAGAUUGGUUAAACAUGUGAGAAAAUAAAAUGUUUGCUAUUCCCUAUGGAAUGAGACAAGGGUUUGAUUAAGUCCCAGAGUCAGAAAAAUGUUCUAAGGGUGCUUGUUUUUCCUAAGUCAAAGCUUUUGGAUGGCCCAGCAGAAACUCAACAGUUAAUUCAGAUGGGCCUUAAUGUUACUUCAGUUUCCCUGUUUUGUUUUGUUUUUUCUACAAGAGGGCAGAGAUGAAGCCUUCCAUUUGUCACCUCCCCAAUGUCAGAGCAUAGAAAUGGUUAGAGGCACAGCACUGAGGCAAGAUUGGUAAGGGCAAAGUUUUAAGCACUGAAAAUUCCCAAACUGAAACUGGUAUGCAUACUAAUGACUGGGACCCAUAAAUUUAGUCCACAGUGGAAUACCAUGAUUAUGUUGGAAAUUAAGGCUGCCAAUGUGUUACAUCAUCAUGGCUUGAAGGCAACACCCAACAUGACUUUAAAUAAGAAAAAUUUGAGUUCUUUACCCAUCUUUUGAUGCCAUAAAACCCCAGCAUGGGUUCUGGCACACAAGUCACAGUCAAAUUUUUUAACAAUUUCUUAGACAAAAACUCAAGAAGGCCUAGUCACUGUUUUUUUGUUGUUCUUGGAAAAUUUCUGAAAUUUUCCCCCAAUUAUCUUUUUUCUAUUGCAUGCCCCUAAGUAAUUGAUUAAACUUGUCCAUUAUCUUUGACUGGAUUAGGAGUCAGAAAACCUGAGUUUGAAUCUUGUCUAUAUCAAUUCCAAGAUCAAGUGGAAAUACACAGGGUAUUCCAGAAGCCUUAGUACCAUUUAUAGCAUUAAGAAUUUUGGGACUACUUUUAUUUAAAAUGUUUGGCAAAUAAUAAAGUCAUAUAUAAAUCCUAGUCAUUAUAGAAAUAAAAAGUCCAAUGUCAUAAAGUUCAUUGCCCUCCAAAUGUUAAUAAAUCAAUACUUCCAUAUGACUUCUUCAUAUAGGAGGUCAUUUUUUACUCAAUGGAUGCUUCUAGGGCAGAACACUUUCCUAAAUGCAAUUUAUCUAUAUAUAGCUAUUCUCUCUCCAAACAACAACAUUUUCUAUAUCAAAACCUAAUGUGCCUCAUCUUCCUGGAAAAUA